AUAAGAAAACUUCCUUAAAAAAAAAAAAGAGGAGAGCUGAAGGUUUCCCUCCGCUCGCUGAGCCGCCGCGGAUUGGUUGCGGCGGCAGCCAGCAGCUCUGAUGUUCUCGGUUAUUUAGCGGCUUUUGUGCUAUCUCUAAAUUGCGGCGUUCCAGAGUAGACCCGACUCCUUGCAGAUCUUUGUCGCUUUUUUUGCUUUGCAUGCUGUUUUUUUUGUUUUUUUUUACAUGAAUCACAGCGUGCAGAAAUCCAGGACAGAAUGUUCCCACUAAUGCCACGCAUUGAUGCUUAAAGUGCAUUUGAUCUGGAGCCACCCUGCACUAAAAAAUCUGCAGCAGUUGUGGUCAAGGCUGAGCCUGACGGAAUGCCAGGACAAAUCCCAGAUCCCUCUGUGACAGCGGGCUCCCUGCCCAGCCUGGGCCCACUGGCUGGGAUCUCCGCCACCACGCUGACAGACAAGCUGAGGUUUGGCGAUUUCCACGACAUCGGAACAAUGUUGUCACCCCUGCUUUUCCUGGACACUCUGGGAAAGAGGCCUAUAGUCAUCAAAACUGAGAGAGAUGAAGAAGAAGAGAGGAGGAAACGAAGGCGAGAGAAAAACAAAGUGGCUGCAGCUCGAUGUCGAAACAAAAAGAAAGAAAGGACAGACUAUUUACAAAAGGAGUCAGAAAGAUUAGAGAUGCUAAACUCUGACCUUAAAGCCCAGAUUGAGGAGCUGAAGCUGGAGCGUCAGCAGCUCAUCCUCAUGCUUAACCGACACCGCCCCACGUGCAUCGUCAGGACAGACAGUGUGAAAACCCCAGAGAGCGAGGCUAACCCCCUGCUGCAGCAGCUCGAGGCCAAGUGAACAAAAAGGGACUUUCCUUUAGUUUACAUUUGAGGAGAAGCAACCAACUAACAGCACUUCAACUUGGGCUCCUGCUUUGAAACAUACAGCGAUGCACCACAAAGAGCAGAUCCACUGGGACAGUUUCAGCAGAUCAGUCAAACUUGUGUCUACUCAUUUCUCUUUUAAUUUGUCUUCUCAUCAUUUCAGCAUCAGCUAUGUCUUUAUGACAUAAAACAAAAAAGCACAACGCAGCUCCAAAAUAUCUUUUAUGCAAUUAAUUGGUUGUUUUAAAAUAGUUUUACUUUUUCUAAUAUUUAAAAUGUAGAAAAAGAAAAAUGUCCAUUAUGCAAAACAUUGCUUCAUUUCAACUGAGUAUUUUAAUAAUUUGCGUGAUGUCUAACCUUAUAUGUGGCAAGGGUCUGUACAAAGGUUUUUUUCAACACAAUUUUAAUGCUGAACAACCUAAAUCAGCUGUGUUGAUAUUUACGUGAGCAGCAUUGCCUUUUUUAUCUUGGAUCUCUGGACUGAGGAAAACCUACACAAUUUAGAGACGUUUAAUAGAUAUAGAUAUAAAAUAACUACUGGAAUGCAUUAACCUUAACAUUAUGAUGUAAUUAGAAAUAUAUGAGAAAGAAAAAACAUUAUUUACUUUUUAUAAAUCAUAAAUUAGCAAACUUUUUUUCUGUACCUUUGCAGAAAGACCAAACUUCUUUUGGCGCAGGCGUCAUGUGUGCAAAUAUAUAUAUAUAUAUAUAUAUAUAUAUAUAUAUAUAUAUUUGUGUGUGUGUGUGUGUAUAUA